AAUAAGAUUCAAAAUAAUGUGAUUUUUCUUCUGUUUAAGACAGGAGUAUGUCCUUCACAUGCGCCGAAUGUCCCCAUAUCAAGAUGCCAUACUGUAUGUGGCUGGCAAAUACUGCAUGGUACAGCAUCAACAGGCGUUCAACAUUUGCUCUUCAUCAUGGAUGGUAAGAGAAGUUUGCAAGAGAGCGUUGGAAAAAAUGGCGGAGCAAUUUAUUCGAAUGGGGAUGGUUAUUGGUAUCGAAUUAAAAAGAAAACCAAACAUUCAUGGAGGCUCUCAUGUCAUAAAGAUAGUUGCCGAGGAUCUGCAAAGAUUUUAUUGAAACUGCCACACAGACAUUUGGUUCAAGUGGCAGUUCAUUCAUGUCCAGCAAAUAAUAAUUUUCCUGCAGUCACAAAACUCAGACAUAGAAUAAUGGAAAGAGCGGCGAAAGAGAUGACUCCUCUGAGUCGUAUCUUCUUCGAGGAGACCACAAGAAGGGACAUUGAACCAGAAGUAGCAAGUCAACUCAAGCUAUCUUCACUCGCGAGUGCCAUGCAAAAAUCAAGACAAGGAGUGCGCCCCCCGGAACCGGAGAAUACGUGGGAUUAUAUAAGUUCUAUGCAAGAACAUGAAGAUAAAUACCUCGACAUUUUUGGAGAAUGUUUUCUAAGUGGUGUCGUGGAUGACGGAGAAGGAGUGGCUGUUAUUUUUAUUGUUAAGCAAUUAUUGAAAUUGUUGGAAGGAGAAGGAGCUGAACUCCACAUGGACAACUCUUUCAGUUGUGCACCAAAAACGCCAGAGUUGAAGCUCUUCACCAUCAUUGCCAUACAUCAAGAAUGUGCAUUUCCGGUAGUUUUUUGUUUGAUGAGCAAAAGAACUGCUGAAUUAUAUUCAUCAAUCAUGAAUCACUUGAAGGAAAAAAUUCCUAAACUAGCUCCGCAAACCAUAGUCAGUGACUAUGACUUUGAGUUGAUGAAAGCUGUUUCUGAUUCAUUUCCAGAACAGGAAGGAACCAUACAUACAGGAAGCUGGUUUCAUUACGCACAGUCUAUCUACAAGAAGAUACUACAACUCGGUUUGGAAGAACUGUUUACAUCAAACACAUUGGUGAAAAAAGCAACUCAAAUGAUCAUUUCUCUUGCACUCUUACCUCAUGAAUUUAUUGAGGAGGGAAUGGAUUGCAUAGAGUCUUAUUUCCGAAUGGCGGAAGAGAUCUCCCCUAUUCACCUUGAAAAAAUGGAUGCAUUUUUCAGGUACGUGAGGGAGUAUUGGUUGACAAAAGUUGGCAGUGAAGUUUUUUCCAUUUUUAUGCAGCGGCAUAGAGCCAGCAAUUGCCAAGAGGCUCACCAUAGCCGUCUCAGCGGUUUGCUUGGUGGAAAUCCUCGUCCCAGUAUAUGGAGUUUUCAGUGGUGUCUUGCGCGGAUAGCACGGAAUGCGAUCACUGAUGCCUUGCGAUUAGAGAAGGGCGAAGUAAUAAGGCAUCGCAAACUGAAAUGGCUCCUCGAAGACAAGGUUAUCAAAGAAUUGAACAAGAAGUUGAUGGCAGAACCGCCAAAGAUCGGUAUUUUCCAGUUUCUGAGUGCUGCGGCGAACAGAUGUCUGACAAAAUUUCCUACAGAAAGCACAGAGGAUGGUGAAGAAGAUUGUUUUGCCAGCUGAACACAACCUUGUAAAAUGGUUGUACUUCCUUCUUAAAUAGUUUGCAAUCUAUGAAAAAUUACCAGCCAGUCAAAAAAUUAUAUUAUUCCUAAGGUAGGCUUAUAUCAUUGAACUUAUUAGUUAUCUAUUGAUUCUAUUAUAUGUAAAUAUAUUAUGAUUAUGUAUAAGUUUACAAGAUGUAUUUAUUCAUUAUUCAAUUAUUUUUCAAAUUUUAAUGAAUUAUGAAUAUUAAGUUAUUCAUAUUGAAAUGAAUGAUUGAAAUUACAUUAAUUCUUUCAUCCAAAAAACGUUGUACAAUACACAGAAAAAGCAUUUUAUCAUGAGACAUGUUUGUGCGACCGACCGGUUUAAAGAAUAUGUUGGACAGACAAAAUUCAAUACAAAUUUGAAAUAUAUCAAUUUAUUGAUUGAUAUUUAAGAUAAGGAUUGGAUAUUUAUUUGGAUAAUUCUAUCACAAUAAAGAAGUAACUAUUAUUGAUUAAGAUUCACAUAAUAAAUUAAUCUAUUGACAGAGGUGCCUUGAUUGAAUUAAAUAUUCUUUUCAACCCCGAUGAAGCUUCUUAUUCAAUUUGUAAUAAUUUAAACAGAGAUGCGACAUUCUUUUAGCAUCUAAAUGGAUAAGAUACUCCUUCACUUUCUAAACAAUCACUUCAGGUUUGAAAUGUCAUUUUUCUAAACAUAAGAGUUUUAUGGCGCAGCCUAUUCAAAAUAUACUUCAAUUUGUAAUUUAUGAGCUAUUAGUUUGUUGGGCAUUAUAAGGUAAGGAUAGGUGUAAAAGGUUUGUGAUUGAUGCUUGUGCUUCAUUUGCGAAUUAAAAAUUGUAGUUAUACAUUUUUAAAAGACAUUUUUUUAUCUAUUUCUAUUAUCUUAUAAAGAAUAACAGUAUAUUUUAUUGUUCAUUGGAUUUAUUGAGAAUAGUUUUUCUUCAAAGUAGAUUCAAAUGCUGAAAUAUUUUCCUAUUUGUAGCCAUAAUGUAAUAUUUAUUGAAAUAAAUUCUCGGCUCUUUUUAUACGGAACUUACUUAAUUCCUGUUGAAUACAAGUAGCCUGUAAUCAUUUCACACCAACAUUUCUCUCAAAUUUAGGUAAUGUUAUACCACUGACUCCACGAUAAAUUUCUCAAUGUUAAUCUAAGGAAAAUAUAAAGUUCGCUAUCGAAGAAAAAUAAUUUUAAUUGAGUUUCGAAUCAAUUGUAAAGAAGAGUGAAUCUAUUGAAUAAACUAUUCAUCAGUCAACUUGGACUGAAUCUUAAGGGUGAGUAGGCAAUCGCUAAAGAGAAAUAGAUCCAAUAUCUCUUGUUUCACAACUCAUUCAAGCUCUGUGAUUGUUCCAUAUAUCAGUAGCCCAACGAACAGUCAUGAAAUAAAUUACUUCAAAAAGACUUAUAAAACUAAACCCAAGAAACAAUCCCAUCAAGCCUCCAAUAUUUGCUGAAAAAAUAAAACAAAAUUUCAUUUAAAACAAUCGUUUAGCCUUCAUAUUAUAUUUCAUUGCAGAAAAAUAUCCAUGAUAAUAUAUCAAUGAUAAUAUUUUAAAUAAGCUUUUAAAAAGCAUGUAUCCUUUUAUAUCAAUAACAUUCUCUUAUAAUUUUCUAGUAAUCUUUAUCUAUUUUAUUCAGAAGUAGAGUAAUAGAAAUAAUACACUACAAUUUUACAUUAUGGGCGUAAUCUUAUAGUUUCUUAUAAAUGUAUAAUAAUGAUAAGUUUUUAUUCAUAUGAUUACCAUGUAUAAUUAAUCAUGAGAUAAUGAAAAGUUUGAUUAAUAUUCUUUCAAAGAAAUUAUGUGUACUUGAUUGUUAAGAUUUUCAUGAAUUUAUAAUCCACCAUAAUUGAAACAUGAAACUGGUCAGAUGAGUCAAUAAUUUUGUACAAAAUAGUUCUUAAACUGAGAAGAUAUCAUCUUCUUAUACUCACCAAUAAAAUCAGAUACUGUUACUAUUGCCACCCUCUGGAUAUUGAUUGAUAACUGAAUUUGUUUUGCAAAGGAAAGUCGCAACAG